CACUCACUGCCUGCCUGGAUCUCUUUACUGGUUGCUACAAUCCCCAGCCCAGACCCCCGCAGCCGUUCCAGGAUCGUAUCCCUUUUGCCUUGCUGCACAGCAUCUCCUGGACUUUCCUGGCUUUCUUUUCUAUUUUUUGGUGGGGUGAAGGCCUGCUGGUGGGGGCUGUUUUUCUCUGGAGGCAGGUUGGGCUGGGGGGUGGGAGAAGGAAAGAGGAGAUUUCAGCAUUCAGGCACCAGCCCUCUCCCAAAAGAUGGCUUUAGGAGGUUGGAUAUCUUCUCUGGAGCUGGGAGCAGCUGCUGAAUGGUGAGGCUGACAGUUUCAAUAAAAGAAGUAACCAGAGUGAAAUCGAGGAGAGGACUGGCAAUGAGACUGAUUCACUGAAAAGCAGGCUAGAUUUUUUUUUUUUUAAGUGCUGCAUUUCUGGUUACAGCAGGGUCCUUUUAAAAUUGUUUUCUCGUGGCUUUUUUGUUUUUUUGAGGGGGGGUUAAAUUCAGACUGGAUCACAAGAAGAAGGGCUGGAACUGGAGACACUCCUGAAAAUUUGCCGUUUUCUGGUUAUUUCCUGGUGGAUUCUUUUUUGUUUGUUCGUUCACCUGGAUUGCAAUACAGAUUGGUAUUUUCCUCUCUGUCUUUUGGCUGCUCUGGGAUUUGAUUAUGGAGACAGUGGAAAAAGAGUGCGGAGCCCUCGGUGGUCUUUUUCAAGCUAUCAUCAAUGACAUGAAGAGCUCCUACCCGAUCUGGGAAGAUUUCAACUCGAAGGCGACCAAGCUACACUCCCAGCUGAGGACUACAGUGCUGGCAGCUGUUGCUUUCCUGGAUGCCUUCCAGAAAGUGGCUGACAUGGCCACCAACACACGAGGGGCCACAAGGGACAUUGGCUCCGCACUGACCCGCAUGUGCAUGCGGCACCGCAGCAUUGAGGCCAAACUGAGACAAUUCACCAAUGCCCUGAUGGAGAGUCUCAUUAACCCUCUGCAGGACAGGAUUGAAGACUGGAAGAAAACUGCCAACCAGCUGGACAAGGACCAUGCAAAAGAAUAUAAGCGUGCCCGCCAUGAGAUAAAGAAGAAAUCCUCUGACACGCUCAAGCUGCAGAAGAAAGCCCGCAAAGAGCUACUUGGGAAGGGGGACCUGCAGCCCCAGCUGGACAAUGCCCUCCAAGAUGUCAAUGACAUGUACCUCCUUCUGGAAGAGACCGAGAAACAGGCUGUGCGCAAGGCCCUCAUUGAGGAGCGGGGCCGCUUCUGCACCUUCAUCACCUUCCUGCAGCCGGUCGUGAAUGGAGAGAUCACCAUGCUGGGAGAGAUCACUCAUCUGCAGGGCAUCAUUGAUGACCUGGUGGUGCUGACAGCAGAACCACACAAACUGCCCCCAGCCAGCGAGCAGGUGAUCAAAGAUCUGAAAGGCUCUGACUACAGCUGGUCCUACCAGACUCCACCAUCCUCUCCCAGCAGUUCUGGCUCUCGCAAGUCAAGCAUGUGCAGCAGUGUUAACAGUACAAAGGGUGGCACCUCUUGGCCUGGCGGGUCUCAAACAUGCUCACCAAGUUCCACCUAUCGCUACCGCAGCCUGGCGCAGCCGGUCAAUGCCAACACCCGCCUGUCCAGCAUCUCGUCCCAUGACUCCGGCUUCAUCUCCCAGGAUGCCAUGUACUCCAAGCCGCCUUCUCCAAUGCCUUCUGACAUCACCAGUCAGAAGUCCUCCAGCUCCGCAUCCUCUGAGGCCUCGGAAACCUGCCAGUCAGUUAGCGAAUGCAGCUCCCCCACAUCGGUUAGUUCUAGCUCUACCGCAGGGGCGUGGUCAGGUGGUGAAAAGGAUUGGUCUAAGGCCACUCCUUAUGACCAACCAGCCGUGAACACCCUGCAGCGAAGGAAGGACCGUGUGGAGCACCUGCGGGAUGCUGAAAUGGGCUCAGCCAGCAUGGUGUAUCCGGGAAUUAGUGUGGAGGAAACACCAAGGCCCAGAAUGUCUCCAGCUACCAUCGCUGCCAAGCAUGGCGAGGAGGUGUCUCCAGCUGCCAGUGACUUGGCCAUGGUGCUGACCCGCGGCCUGAGCCUUGAACACCAGAAGAGCAGCCGGGACUCGCUACAGUAUUCCAGUGGCUACAGCACACAGACCACCACCCCAUCCUGCUCAGAAGACACCAUCCCAUCUCAAGGCUCAGAUUACGACUGCUACUCAGUGAAUGGCGAUGUGGAGUGCGACAGCCAGAGCGAGUUUGACAAAUCCUCCACCAUCCCACGCAACAGCAACAUUGCCCAGAACUACCGCCGCAUGAUCCAGACCAAGCGCCCUGCCUCCACUGCCGGUCUGCCCACCGGGACCAACCUGCCAGCUGGUGCCACCCCUGGAGUGGCAACUAUCCGGCGCACACCCUCCACAAAGCCUUCAGUGCGUCGCACCCUCUCCAACGCUGGCCCCAUCCCCAUCCGGCCCCCCAUUGUCCCAGUGAAGACCCCCACAGUGCCCGACUCCCCUAGUUACACUGGACCGACCAGAGUGGGCAGUGAGGAGUGCGUUUUCUAUACUGACGAUGCCUCGCCAAAUGCUAUAGACUUUGCCAAAGCCUCACCCAAGAGGCUGAGCCUCCCCAACACAGCCUGGGGCAGCAAUGUCAUGGAGAUAUCAGUAUACCCGGGUGCUGGGCAGCACCUCUCUGCUGAGGAAGAGGAGGACCAGCAGCUGGCUGCCAAUCGGCACAGCUUGGUGGAGAAGAUUGGCGAGCUGGUGGCCAGCGCGCAUGCCUUGGGUGAAGGCCAGUUCCCUUUCCCCACUGCGCUCUCUGUGCCUGGCCCUGGAGAGGAGACACCCACUCCACCCCCAGCUGCCUCCAGUGAACCACCUGCUGAAGACAUGUUGGUUGCCAUCCGGCGUGGGGUGCGUCUGCGCAGAACCAUCACCAACGACAGAUCCGCCCCGCGGAUAUUGUGAUAAAUUCCCCCCACUCUCCCACUCACCACAACCCGUGGGAAGAUAUUGAACACAGGGUCAGGACUGAGAAAGCAAGCCGUGCAGAAGAAACGUCAAUCCAGUAAAAAACCACAAAGGCAAAGCCACUUUAUGGAGAUAGAGACAGAGUCUAGAUUUAAAUGGAAACUAAAAGCCUUCGCUAACAAACUCACAAGGGCAUAGCCUAAGCGCUGAACUGGUUUGGGAGCCUAUUUUAUACUUUAUUUCUCCCCUGCUCCUCCUAGACUCCCCAGCUCUUUCCCACACCUCACUUCCCAGCCUUGAAAGACUCCUCGCUACCAGCCAGCAGGCAGCGGUGAAAGGGGAGGAACUUGAGUCUGGACUGGAAUCAGCAGCUACAUCAUAAGCCUAAGAAACACACGCACGCAUAUAUACACACACACACACAAAGUCAAGGACCAUUGGCUGCUGUUCCCCAGUGAACCCACCUCCCUCCUUUUCCCCUGGACAAGGAUGCACUGUUAGUCCUGUGCCGAACAUCAUAACAUCUGCUUCUUUCUUUCUUUUUUUCUUUCUUCUUGCUCUUGUUUUCAUAUCAGCUGGGUUGGAAAAGAUUCCUGCAACAGCAGAGAAGUGGCUGGGGUCAUGGCAGUGGGCUUCAUCAGAGAAGACCUGGAAUAUAUGGCCCUGUCUCCUAAGGUAUUUUUGGUGUAAUUUGCUUGCCAAUAUGCCUCUGCUAUCUAAACCCUGGAAGCAGGAGCCUAUAUGAGUAUGCCCUGGGGAGCAAGAUUUGGGGGCCUGAUCUCCACAGUGUCCUACAGAAAACUCAGGACUGUCUCAAGAUACAGAUUCUCCUCUUCAGCAGGCUCUUCUCUUCUUGGUUAGCACCAUACAACAUGUCCAGAUAUUGGGUGGGAUUACUUUAGAGCACUUGCUUAGAGACCCACACAAGGAGGGAAGGCAGGGACAGCUCUGUGACCCCUCAGUACCCAGAGUUCAGCACCAGCAGAGAGGUGGCAGUUUAAAGGCACCGGCUUGCUCAUGUUUCCCUGAGGACGAGAGAGAUGUAUCUGUCAUGUUGUUCUGGCUGCAGUAGGUUUUCACUUGGUGUGUGACAGAGAUGCCUAUGGAUUGGUUUGCACAGGACUAGGAUGUGUGUAUGGCCAGGGGUGCAGGCCUUGGUGUCCCAAUGAGGGAAAUGUGUGAAGAUGGAGAUGUCCAUUGGGAGGUUCAUCUCUUGGUGUGCCCCUGGCUGGGUGUUUUUACAAGGGAGGAGAGCUGUAGAUGCAUGCAAUUAAUGCACCUGUCCAUGCUUACUCCUGUUCACCUCCACUAACAGCUGUAGCUAGGAGAGGAGCAAAAUCAUGGAACAUUCACAGUUUGUAUGCAGUGGUUUAACUUCAGGACAUCAUACUAUUCAAGACUACAGAAGACCCCCUGGAACUGGAGUCUGUACCAGUGACUUGCUUUGUGACUCAGAGUCUCAUCCAUGGUGUCAGAUUGGGAAAGGCAGUGGUUUGGGAUGUGGGCCCAAGUACCAUUCUUUUCCCAAAUUGAGAAGAUUGCAUGGUUAAUUGUUCUCUGCCCUUGCUCAGCCCUUGCUCAGGAUCCAUUUCUCCCCUACGUUUCCAGACUCAUAUCCAGUAGCUUGGUACUUUCCUCAUAGGGUGAGGUACCACACAGGAAACAACAAGGCGACAAAAUCAGACCUGACUUUUCUUCUCCUUAAAAUUAGCAGGAACUGCCUGAGGAAGACCUAGACCCAGUACCAGGGAGCAGAGCUCAAGAGUUGGCUUGCUGGUACUAGUGAUAGUUCUGCCU